GAAACGAAAUUCGUUUUGGUUGCCCCCUCAAAUCUAGUUGGGAAAACUCAAUAUAGAGAAAGAACGCUGCCAUGGAUCUUUAAUACUGCGAAUGUCCAGGGCAGCUGCCUUUCUCUACUUCCUCUCUUCAACCACCGUAACGAAGCGCCUUUUCUCCUCCGCCGCCGCAGCCGCCGCCGCAGUCAUACCUCGGCAACAGCAGGCGGAAGGCCUCUACGCCGACGGAUUCGCCCUCGUCGCCGCACUUAAAUCCUCCGCCGCCGCCCUCGACGUCGCCGCCGGGCAGCGCCUACACGCCUUCGCCCUCAAGCACGGCCUAGAAAGCUCCAACCUUUUCGCCCGCAACGCCCUCCUCAGCCUCUACGCCAAAUGCGGCCGCCUGGACGCCGUCCUCCGCCUCUUCUCCUCCGCCACCGACCGGGACACGACCUCCUGGAACAUCCUCCUCGGCUUCUUCGUCAGGGCCGAUCGCCUUCCCGACGCCCUGGCCGUGUUCAACGAAAUGCCCCACCGGGACACCGUCUCCUUCACCACCAUGAUCAAGGGCCUCGUGCGAGGCGCCCGACCGGACGAUGCCCUCGCCGUGUUCCGGGAUAUGGUCGCCGCCGGAGUCCUGACGAACGAGGUUACCCUCGCCACUGUCACAUCCGCUGUCGCCCACCUGCGCGAGCCUCGCUCCGUGAGGAUGGUCCACGCCGCCGCGAUCAAGUACGGCGUCGUUGAUCUAGUCGUCGUCGCCACUAAUCUGGUUCACGCCUACGCGACCUGCUCGCGUCUGGACGACUCGAGAUUGACCUUCGACUCCAUGACGGAGAGGAACAUUGUAACCUGGAACGUGAUGCUCAACGGCUAUGCCAAGGCCGGUCUAAUCUCCCACGCUCGCGACCUGUUUGACAGAAUGCCACAGAGGGAUUUGGUUUCUUGGAGCACGAUGGUUGACGGAUUCUUGCGCGCCAAUAGAUUGCGCGAAGCUUUGGAAACUUACCGCGGGAUGCUGCAGAGCUUGGGCCAGAGACAGGUUGAAGUGCUGCUGGUCGAUUUGGUAUCAUCGUGCGGCCGCUGCUUCGCCACACAGGAAGGUCUGCAGCUUCAUGCAGUGAUCGUCAAGACGGCAAUUGAUUGCCAUGCUUUUGUGCAGUCAACACUGAUCCAUUUCUACGGCGCCUGUGGCCUCAUUGAUCAUGCUGCUCUCCAGUUCCAAAUUGGCUGCAAGUCUCAUGUCCCCUCCUGGAAUGCCUUGCUAUUCGGGCUUACACGAAACAACAUGGUUGACGAAGCAGCUCAUCUGUUCGACUAUAUGACCGACAGAGACAUUGUCUCAUGGAGUAUCAUGAUCGCCGGGCUUGUUCACAGUGGGUCCUCUCGACUGGCUUUAGACCUCUUCCGAACGAUGUUGUACAAGGGUUUUGAGCCAAAUGAAGUCACAUUGGUGAGUGUUCUCUCGGCGGUUGCUGACUGUGGCAAUGUCGAGUAUGGGAGGUGGAUCCAUGACUACAUAACCAGUAGAGGCAUGCCUCUCGCCGAUAACUUGGCUGCAGGGCUGAUCGACAUGUAUGCAAAGCGUGGGAGCAUCACGAACGCAAUGGAAGUGUUUGAAGCUGUGAAGGACUUGGAUUCAGUUUCGCCUUGGAAUGCCAUCAUAUGUGGCUUAGCCAUGCAUGGGCAUGCAGCUAAGUCACUGCAAACAUUCUCAGAUAUGUGUGGGAAGAACAUCAAACCUAAUUCGAUCACAUUCAUCGGCGUUCUCAGUGCUUGUUGCCACAAUGGUUUGGUCGAGGCAGGAAAGCAGUACUUCAAUGCAAUGAGAAAGGAGUACAAGAUCACACCUACGAUCAAGCAUUACGGGUGCAUGGUCGAUCUACUUGCCCGAGCGGGUUGUCUUGAGGAGGCAGAAGGGUUGAUCAAAUCAAUGCCUAUGGAGGCGGAUGUGAUGAUAUGGGGGAGUAUGUUGGCUGCCGCAAGGACUUACGGGAAUCUUAAGAUAGGGGAGAGGGCUGCGGAGAGUUUGGGUAGGCUCGAGCCAACUCAUGGUGCAGCAAGAAUUAUGCUGUCGAAUAUCUAUGCCGACGCGGGUAGGUGGUAUGAUGUGCUUCAGCUGAGGAAAGAAAUGGAUAGCAGUCGAUUGAUCACAACACCAGGGUGCAGUGGGAUUCUAUGACGACUAAUCAUGGAACCUUUGUUCAACUGAUUUGAUCAUUGUUUAUGGAUCUGUUUCAUUCAUUCAGAUGCUAAAGAUUUGUUUACAAAAGGAUCCAGCCAUAACAUGUUUGCGGUGUUCCCUUGGAGAAGAAGAAAAGGUCAAGUACUUUGGAGAGAAGGAACGACACAAAGACAAGAAAAAGAAGAUAAGGGAGGUGAAAAAUAAGUGGGCAUUUGCCUUGAACUAGAUGGAAAGUCUUCUUCUCACCAUUGCUUUGUCACCAUUUGGGUAGUCACUUCAUACUCGAGGAGAGGUGUUGAUUGUUGAAGGUUCAUGUAAACGAGGUCAACAAUGAGAUAAGAUAAAAAAUGAUUAAUCAGAUUAGGGAAUGUUGAAUCGAAAAAAUAUACAUAGAGGUCUAUCUUAAUAGUCAAUAUUCUCAGAUUUGUUAUCCAUUAAUAAGAAAAAAUUUUAGUUAAGUCUCGAACUCUAGACUCUACUUCUAAGGUAACAUUGAGACAAGAUAGAUCAUUAUCGAAGAUGUUUGGGUGGAGAGUAUAAUUGAUGGUGAAAAAGUUGGAAGGAUGUUGACACUGCAAAUGAUAGUAAACCGGUAACAUUUCAUAUUCUCGUUUGCCGUCUGAGACCUUAGUUUUUUU